AAAAUCAGGUCACGUGAUUUCAACCGCGCCAAACUAGAACCAUAACAAUGUCCCAAGCGCACGUAACAGAUUUUUUCUCCACUAGAAAAAACCAAAAUGGGGGGAAUCCUUCCAAAAGGAGGAAACUGGGAGGAACUAAUGAAGCCGCAAACGUAUUUAGUGUACAAGAAACAAACAAAACACCACAACAUACAGUUAAUAUCAGUGCAAACGUUGAGGAUACAAGACCUGAAAAUGCUGUUUUGCAAACAAUGCCCGAGGCUAAAUCUUCAUCUAGAACCAACAGAUCCACAAAGAAACGACUUCCAAAAUCAUUAGCAAGUAAAAAUCAGCCUUUGUUGAAAGAUUUGUUUAAUCAUCAGUCUGGUAAAGAUGGAUACCGUCAGGUCAUGGAAGAAGUAACCUCGGCAUGGGAUGAACACGACGGACCUUUAUUAACCCCAAGUAAAAGAAACAAAGAACAGAAUGACUCAGACAGUGAAAUGGCUCAAGGAUCGAAGAAAAGAUCAAGAUGUGGUUCAAAAAAGGUAGAAAUUGAAGAAACACCAGAGAAAUGCUUUGAAGAUAAUCCGAGAACAGAGGUUAAAGCAAGAAAACAAUUAAUUCUUAAACAGGUUGCUGACAAUGUAUCUGAAGACCAGACUCCUAUGUUAAAUAAACCAGAAACUUCUACUUGUAAAGAUAUUCCUAUGUCACCAAGAUUAAAGAAAACAAUUGAAAAGGUUAAGCUGUUGGGUAGUAUCGAGAAGAAAUUUACAGCAGACAAUGUAAAAGACAAGCUGAAGAAAUGUGGACGACUGGAAGAGAUCAAGGCACAGCUUUCACAGAUGAGUAAAAACUUAAAAGACCUGAAAAAGACCCCAACUGAAAGUCCAAAGCUUGGAAAGUUUGAAACAGUAACAAUAGAAUCACCAGUGAAGGAAAUUAUAAAACCUAAGGAAGCUUCACCUAUUAAACAGAAAGCACCUGCUUAUGAGAGAUUCCAUUCUUUGGCCACGCCUACCCCACCCACCUUGUCACUUCCUUACAAGUACAAACUACUGGCAGAGAUGUUUAGAAACUGUGAUACAGUAGUUAGUAUGUUACACAACAGAGCUGAAGUAUGUACAUUCUCCAAGUUAAAGGCAGCCGUUCAGGAUAUGGGUAAAAGAAACUUUGAAAAGAAGAACUUAGGACAGAUCAAAGCAGUUGACCCUUCAGUCUAUACUCUUCGUCAGGAGAAGGGAUUUUCUGCAUUUGGUAACAAGAAAUCUGGAUACCAGCUCACUGUAGAAGCUAAUCUACCACAAGAAAAUGAGACUGCUUCUGUCAGCUAUAAAACCAGACAGACAUUCACUGCUAAACAUUUGCUGGAAAGAAGAUCAGUGUUCGCAAACAAAUUGAUAUCUAUUGUUAAAAGACACCACAAGGAGUUCCUGGCUAAUUUGGACAAACCACUGAAUGUCCCAGAUGAUAAGAUUACAAGAUGGCAUCCAAAGUUCAGGUUGGAUGAGGUAGCUGACAUUGAACCAUCAGAUCUCCCCCAGCCACCUAAUGUAGAAGUGUAUCAAACAGCUAAAGAUGUAUUGGAGAAUGCUAGAGGAAAAGUAUUACCAAAUGUAGAGAAAGCUUUAGAGAAUGUAUCAAAUACCAGAAAAGAAACCCCUGUUGUAUCUACAGAUAAACUUAAAGACCAGCCUAAUGAAAUGAGGGGAGUUCCACAGACUCUGCUAGAAAAGAUCCGAGCAAAAGAAGCCAAGAAGAUGGAAGCUGCAAUGAUGAGGAAUCCAGUAGAAGACAAAAGACAAAAGAUGUUACAGAAAUUACCAGAAAUGAUGAGAAUUUUACGAGGACAUUUUGUAACAGAAAAGAAACCAGCCUUACUGAAAACUGAAAUAGUCACUAAACUGGUGGACAGCUGUAGAUCAGCUAUUGCUGUUGGUGAUGUAGAAACUCAUUUGAAUUUAAUGAUUGAGGUUUUACCACAAUGGUUAAAACAGAUAGAAAUAAAGAAAGGAAAAUACAUCAAGAUGGACAGAAAUCUGGAGUUACAAACACUCAUAGCUCAUGUCAACAAAUCAGUAGACAGUUGAUAAAGGCAUUUUUAACUUUUUAGUGCAAUUGUAAAUAUUUUUUAUAUGUUGUAUGUUAUUAAAAUUAAUGUGAAACAAUGUAAGAUGGUUGUCUUUUGGGACAUUCAUCAUAUCCUUGUGCUUGUUGUACUUAAAUUAAAAUACAAUAAAGUUUUUAAUAAGUCACUGGGAACUUAAAAAUAUCAAAAGAUGUAUGUUAUUGAAAUCAUUCAGGAGUUGAAAUUCUUUUUGAAAUUGAUAUUUGACAUUUAAUUAGUUUCAGUAUAAAAAGUUUAAUCAAAACAAAUUUAUAUCAUUGAAUUUUUUUUUGUUAAAGAAUAUUACAACUAUUGAGCAUCUAAAUUUGACAAUAUCUUCCUUCAAUUUUUUUUUAUUAAAAAAAUAAUGUUGGAAUCAAAUUUCUGUAGCUACCCUACAAUAGAUAAAAAUAGAUGUUGUAGUUUUCUGCUUUGCAAACUGCAAUAUUUUAAUUAGGUUUCAUUUUUAAAUGACUAAAUUUGAAAAGAUAUUUACAAUACAAAAAUUUGUCAACAGAUUAGCCACUCAGGGAGGUGUGUUAAAGAAUCGACAUUUCAUAGGUUAUGGAGUUGAUUCAAAUAUUUUGUAUAUGAAUUCAAAAUAGUAUCCAAUAUCUGUUUGUGAGGCCUAAAUAAAUAUAUUGAUUGUUUCCCCAAUCCCGACUCUGCCAAGCAAAGUGUGGGUAGGUAGGUAGGGAAAUAUUUUUAUUUUUUCCAAAAAGCCUGAAUAGUAUCAUAGUAUCGGACGAUGCUGCAAGCCGAAAAAAUCUGAAAUGAAUAAAAAAAAAUUGGACAUAGUUUUGACAAUCAAAUUUUAUGAGGAGCACCGUUUUUGCAGGGUCGGUCGGGAUUGGGGAAACAAAUAGUAUUUUAUUUUUGGCCUGAUAGGUUUAACUGGUAUAGGGCUUAUACAAAAUGAGAAAAAAAUAAGAAUGAUAACUUAUUUCAUUUUAAAUUUUUAGUUGCAUGAAGGAUAACAACAGAUUUUUAUGUCUUACAAGACACAAAACUAUUAUUUCUAUGUUUUAAUGACUAUUCAAUAACUUUCAUAUCUUGUUCUUAUUUUGAAAUCAAUCAUUUUCAGAGAAAUUUUUAUAUGAAAUCAUGAAAAUGUAGAUUUUGUUUUGCAUGCUGUAAAAGGAUUACAUUUAUUUUGUAUAAAGUAGGGAACUAUAUUUUUAAUGCAAACUAUAAUAAAAAUCAUAGUUGUAACAUUAUGUGAUUUUACAUUACAAAUUAUGUCAUUCAAAUUGUGGAUUUCUGAAAGUUUAAUAUUUUUCUCUGUUAUUGUCACUCAAAGUGAUUAAAUAUGUGUAUUUUUUUUUAUUAGAAUAGAAUAAAAUUUAUUGGUUGAGAAAAUUUACUAUAUAAAAUUAUCAAAAGGGUAUUAGUUAACAUUUUUGCAUGCUGUAGAUGUAGUACGACUUGUGAUGAAAAAUGAUAACACAUUGCAAUUAUCAGUUGUUAAAUAAAUUUGUUGAUUUAGCAA